AUGAGGCGAAUUUUUCAACAGCAAAAUUCAAAGAAAAGAACAGGUUGUAAUCAAACAACUAAGUUAUUGGAGCUUCAGGCGAAUCUCUAUCAAUGUGUGUUAUCUGGCGUUGCCCUGAUGGAACAUAAUUCCGAACCUAUCGACGCUGAAAAUUUGAGGAAAAAGGUUGCCCGCUACGAGGAUGAAAAUGAUUCGCUAAUGAUGCAGUUGAAAAAAAUGGCAACACGCUCCAGAACUACACGUAAGCUGAGCCCGAUACCACAUCGUCUGAUGCCUGAAUCGGCGGCUGAACGUGACGAAGGUAUAUCCGAUGAGGACGAUCCCGCCGAGUUACGCAUACUUUUGGAACUGAACGAGCAAGAGGCGGCAAUACUGCGUCAGCGUGUUGACGAUUUGGAGAAAGAAAAUCGUGAAACUAAAAAGCAUGUCAGAGAGCUGCAGGAGAAAGUACAUCAGGCCGAGACGGGAGACAAGAAGUCUUCUCUGCUCUCGUUCAACUCGACACCAACAAAUGCCGCUGAUAAGAAACUUAAAGCACUCACAGAGGAGCUAAUGCAGUUACGUAAAUCACUUUCCGAUAAGGAUCGUACAAUCGAACGCUUGCAGUCGGAGAUUGCGGCUAAAACCGGCUCUGCGCUGCCACAAGAUGUCAAUAUAGAUGCGAAGCGUCAACUGAAAUUGGUCGAACAAGAGGCGUCGGUGUUACGCACGAAAAUCUCGACAUUGGAAAGCGAAAAUGAGAAGUUGCUGAAAGAUAAUAAACGCAUGCAAUUGCAGGCGUUACGCAAGAGUACGUCGUUGGAUAAAAAUGGCGCGAAUGGCGAGGAACUUACAAAAUUGAAGGAAUCACUUGAAAAGAUGGAGUGUGAACGCAAUGAGUUAGAUGCCAAAUUAAAAGUUAUAUUACAGGAAGCUGAAGCGAAACUGCCCAUUCGAGCGCCCAAACGUGUAACAGAUUUGACGCCAAAGAAUCACUUGAAGAAAUGGAUCGAAGAGUUGGAGGAUGAGAUACGCGAAAUGCGUGUGAUAGUAUUGAAUAGUGGAGGCGAUAAGCUAAAGACGCUUGAGACUGAAAAGGCGAGUCUGGAGGAACAGUUGCAGAAAGCCAAACAGCGUUUGUCCAUAGCUGAGGGUGAUAUUGAUCGCUUAAAAACACUGACAAGUUCUUCACCGAAACUCAGUGAACUGGAGCAAAAAUUAAAGAAGUCUGAUGAUGAAGCUAAGAAACACAGUUCUAAAGUCAAGGAGCUGGAAGAUAAGAUAAAGAAACAAGAUAGCCAGAUAAAGAAAAUUGAAGCAGCAAAGGCCGCGCUAGAAACGCAGACUAAACUUGACAAAGAAAAGCAUACCACGUUGGAGAAGGACUACGAAAAAGAGCGUAAAGAGCGCGAGAAACUCGAGUCUAAACUAGCACAAUUGGAUGCCGAUCUUGCCAGCGCCAAGAAGUCAGCGGAAAAAACAAAAACGUCGCUAGAGAAGGAAGUAAAGGAGCUCAAAUCCAAAUCCUCAAAAUCCGAUUCCAAACAAGUGCAAGAGCUGAAAAAGCAAAUUGAAGAACUGCAAAAACAAGUAGCUGAUGAAAAUAAACGCUACAAUGAUUUGAAUACACAUUGGGAAAAAUUAUCAGAAGAAACGAUACUAAUGCGCGCCCAACUAACCACGGAGAAGGAUAAUAUGCAAGUGGAGCUGAAUUCGCUGCAACAAAAAAUCAAUGAAAUGGAUGAAAUACGUUCGGAGCGUACCGAACUGGCGAGAAAAUUGGGCGAAAUGAAGCGCAAACUGCAAGAAGCCGAGGCGAAACAGACUAAAAGCGGCGCUUCUGAAUAUGAAAAGACAAUGCUGAAGAACAAAUUGGCAGAGAAGGAGCAAGAAUAUGAUCGUUUGCGCCGAGAAAACGAGAUGAAUAUAGAUUUAGUAUUUCAGUUACGUAAGGAAAAUGAUGAUUUAAGUAGUAAAUUAAAUGAUUUUAGUCGCAUCGAGCAAGCGCAGUAUUCAAUUAAUGAGCACAGUAGUAGCUUGCAGGCCGAAAUUAAAACGCUGAAAACGAAGUUACAGAACUCGGAAUUACAGCUCAAAUCCGAGGUGGCAUCCACCCGUCUACGUUACGAGCAACAAGUCAAGAAUUUGAGUGGCGAACUGACUUCCAUGCAGCGCCAAUGUGAGAAGUUUAAAAAGGAUCGCGAUGCCUUCAAACAAAUGUUGGAAUCCGCACAGAAAAAGAUCGGCGAAUUGAAAUCGAACACAGGCCGUCAGAGUCGCAGUUCAAUGCAUAGCAGUGAUGAUGAUGAUAAGAGUAAAAUUGCCUAUCUUGAACAACAGAUCGGCUGCCUAGAGGAUCAGUUAGUUGAAGCACGUCUCGAGGUGAGUAAAGUAAAGACAGAGCUUGUGUCGGAGCGCAGUGCAAAUGAAAUAAAAAUAUCCGAGAUGCAAUCCAAACUUAAUGAAUUCGAGGAAGAACGUGUCAUCGGCUCGGGACGUACAAAAAUACCAGGUAUGAAAACGAAAUUAGAACUCUCAUGGCAAAAGGAGCGUGAAGAUCAACAGCGACUGCUGCAAGAAACUUCAACUUUAGCACGUGAUUUACGACAAACGCUUUUCGAAGUAGAGCGUGAACGAGAUAAGGAGCGACUGGAAUCAAAACGACGUUUAGAUCAAUUGAAACGCUCAACCGAAGAGGAGAUGGAGGAGGGACGACGAAAGAUCGCCGAGCUACAAUGUGACUUGCUAGAAUUGCGCGAUGUACACGCUAAAUUGCGCACAUCCAAUGAAAAACUGCGACGCGAGCGUGAGCGUUACGAAAAGGAAUUGGUGAAACGGCGUAUGGAACAAGAUGGUGGUGAACGUAAAGUAGGCGCAUUGCUGCAAACCGUCGAUGAAUUAGUAAAAAUAGCGCCAGAUUUGAAAAUGGUAACAACAAGUAGUCGCUCCACAUCGAGCAGUGGCAACACAUUGCGACCGGAUGCAGCGGGUACAGCGCGACAACGCAGUCGCAGUCCAUCGCCCAGUAGCGCGCUCAAUAACUCACAAAUAACUAAUGUGCUGGCGCGUUUGGCUGAGGCAUCUGAGGAGUUGCGCAAAUUCCAGCGUCUCAAUGAAGAUGAAAACGAGCGAACGCGCAUGAGGCGUAGCAAUUUGCGUCGUGCAGCAUCGCAGGAAAACGAUCCACAUGGCAGUCAAAGUUCGGUGGCAAGCGCUGCAGGUUCCACGCGCAAUGGUUCCAAGCUAUCGCGCUCAUCAGGGCAUAAUGGUAGCUUAAUAAGGAAGAGUCUGUCGCUGGAUCAUUCAAUACAGAAGGAUCAGAAUAUUUGGCGUCAAGAUGACGGCAGCGUCUCAUCAAUGCAGUCCAUUGAUUCCGAAUUGGGUGGCAUGGUGCGUGAUAGCAGCUUCGAUUCACGUCUGGACUCACGUUUAUCCGGUGGCUCUACACAGAGUGAUAUACCGCGCGGUCCGCGUAAGAAAAAGAAAAGCUUAAUGGGCAAACUGCGUAGUCUAACAAAGAGUAGUCGUAAUUCCGAGAGUGAAGUGUCGAUUCAGGGAUCUGACUCUGAUAUUAGUGUUGCCAGUGAUAUGCGCGCCAGCAAAAAAGAUUUACGUGGUCGUUUAUCAGGUAUGUUUAAGCGUGCGGGUUCAACAUCACGAAGUGAGAGCACCGAACGCAUGGCAGCCGAAAAUCGUCCGGUGGCGGUAAUAGUAGUUGGAGAUGAGAAUGGUCCACAGCCGCGUGAUCCACCGCCAGCAAAUGCUGCCACAGCUAAGCCAAUUCGUGCUGCGAUAAAACCACCGACGCCCACAACGCCGCUGACUAAACGACGUGCCGCCAAGUAGUUGCGCCAUUUUCUAUAUAUUGUAUUAGAAACUCGUUCCAUGCCACGGUAUUUCUUAUCCUACAUACAUACAUAUUCUUACAUAGUACAUGCAUACAUGAAAUGCUUCAUUAUUUGAUAUGUUAGUAGAGAGAGUGCUUCUUUUUUGCUGCGUAUAAGAGUCGGUGACGAACACGCCGGACAAGCGGAUAUAAUCCCAUUUUUAAUGGUUAAAGGGCUUGCCGCAUAGUGUCCGACUCAUUUUUAAAAUAUUAUAAAAUUAAAAAAAAAGUUUCUAUUAAUUUUAUUUAUUACAAAUAUUCAUUUUCUCAAUGUAUCAUAAUGUUUAUGUCAUAUUACAAAAUCAUUAUA